AUCUCCUCCUCCUCGCGCUGCUGCUAACGGAGCAGACAGACGGGGAGCUGACAGGAGGAGGAACGUGGCCCUACCCAGCAGCAGUGGCUCCGCCAGUUUAAUGAGGUGACCUAUGCACAGCAAAUCCUCCUAAACCCGGGGCUGUCCCCGUCUUUGCGUUUAGCAUGAGCAUGGAAGAUUAUGACUACCUGUUCAAAAUAGUUCUGAUAGGAAAUGCUGGAGUUGGAAAGACAUGUCUCGUCCGACGCUUUACUCAGGGCCUUUUCCCACCUGGACAAGGGGCGACUAUUGGAGUAGAUUUCAUGAUUAAAACAGUUGAAAUCAAAGGGGAGAAGGUCAAGUUGCAGAUAUGGGACACGGCUGGACAGGAGAGAUUUCGCUCCAUUACUCAGAGUUACUACCGUAGUGCCAAUGCCCUCAUCCUUACAUAUGACAUUACCUGUGAGGACUCCUUCAGGUGCCUUCCCGAGUGGUUGAGGGAGAUUGAGCAGUACGCCAGCAACCAAGUGGUGACUAUAUUAGUCGGUAAUAAAAUUGAUCUUGCAGAGAAGAGGGAGGUUCUCCGACAGAGGGCUGAGGACUUUGCUGAGGCUCAAAGCAUGUUGUAUCUUGAAACCUCAGCCAAAGAGUCUGACAACGUCGAGAAACUCUUCCUCGAUCUGGCCUGCAAACUCAUUCGAGGGGCCAAGCAGAACAAGUUGGAUAAUAAUGACACUGCCCCGAUGCCUGGAGAGGGGAAAACCAUCAAUUACUUGAGCUGCUGCAGCCUCAAUUAGGUGGAGUUGAGGUAACUAAACAGCCAUUGACUGCAUUGGGAAGGUGGUUGAGUUCCAAUGCCGCCUUCUGAGUAAACUGGUUUGUUCAUCCCAUCGUUUGUAGUCCAGUGCUUUUUAAAAUGUGUAUAUGGGAGUUAGUCUAACAUUUGUUUUAACAUUUGUUUGGCCUUCUGUUAAUAAGCAUUUUCAGAGAAAAGCUUUCCGCAGUGCAACAGGAUGCAAGUUAUUUCUGGCGAGAUGAAGCCUUAUGCAUCCUUGAAGUCAAAGCAUCUCCUUAAUGCUGCGUGUUUGAUUUGAGGAUUGAUUUCCAUUAAGCUUCAAUAUUCACCAGCAGUAUUAUGUGAGUAAGACCCUACACCAGGUAUUUUGUUAUGGAUUCAGUGUAGAUAGUAACUUUUGUGAUGAUCAUUGGUAAACAGGUUUACAUAAAUUAUCUAUGUGAGAUUACCAAGUCUGAUUAAGCUGCAAAUGUAUCCUAAAGUCUGUUGCACAAUCAGUAAUAUCCCACCUGUUUGUUCUCUGGCAUUUUCAUACAAUGUCAUGAACUGUCAUCAUCCUGGUAGGCUGAUGAGUAGGCUGUUCCACCCACCUUUGCAAACUGUGAAAUAUUUGUUCCUAAUAGAUUUUUACUUGCUGCUAAAA